AUGGUGAGAGCUCCUUUCCAUGAUAAAAAUGGAGUUAAGAAAGGUGCAUGGAGCGCUGAAGAAGAUGAUAAACUGCGUUCUUAUAUCGAAAGAUUUGGUCAUUGGAACUGGCGUGAACUACCCAAGCAAGCUGGUCUUCAACGGUGCGGGAAGAGUUGCAGAUUAAGGUGGAUGAAUUACCUCCGGCCUGAAGUAAAGCAUGGGAACUUCACUGAACAAGAAGAUGCCCUAAUCUUGAAAUUACAUGAAGAAUACGGAAAUAGAUGGUCGAUGAUCGCUGCGAGCUUACCCGGAAGAACAGAUAACGAGGUAAAAAAUCGCUGGCACACUCGAUUAAAAGCAUGUGCAAAUCGGGAUCCCAUGUCAUCCACGGAUAACUCCCAAACCGAAUCCUUAUCCAUCCACAGUCUUGAAUGUGAAGCCGAAAGCAUCCAUAUCGUUAUGCCUCCCAACAUGAUACUAGAGAGCUCGGCCUUGUCUCCGACCACAAAGGCGACGGCGGCGUCGACUGUCAAAUUGUAUGCCGCCACCAGCCCGGUUUUCGAUUGUGGAUAUACGCCGAGCUUUAACAUUGGUGGAGGCGGUACGGGAAAUGUUGGUGGUCUCCCUUCGUGUUCUUCGGCCAUGUACGAGGAUCGAAGCGGCGGAGAUUUCUGGAGUGAGCCGUUUGUCACAGAGAAAGACCUUCCAUUGCAUAAUGAGAUUUAUGGUGAUGAUAUUGUGGAUCUUGUUUUUCAUCAAAUGAUGCAUGAAUGGGAAUAUCUUGAUUGCUAA